AUGUGGACAACAACCUCCGGCUGGCGGGGCAAGAAGCUCCAUCUCGCCAUCACCUUUACUUCGGUAGUUGGUUUCUCGUUGUUCGGUUAUGACCAGGGUUUGAUGUCUGGUAUUAUUUCCGCCGACGAGUUCUCCAAGGAGUUUUCCGCCCUCUACAUCCCCCCCAAGGGCAAUCCUGCCUAUUCCAAGGCUCUAGACGAGCAUGUGAACGUUCUUCGCGGUGCGGUGACCUCUUGUUACGAAUUGGGUUGUUUCUUUGGUGCUAUCUUCACUUUAUGCUUUGGCGAGCGGAUCGGGCGAACCCCGUUGCUGGUCUCCGGUGGUACCCUCAUGGUCAUUGGCACUGUCAUCUCCACUGCUUCUUACGGUCAUGCCUGGGGUCUGGGCCAGUUCGUCAUCGGUCGUGUCAUCUCCGGUCUGGGAAACGGGAUGGACACUGCCACUAUUCCCGUCUGGCAGUCUGAGUGUUCAAAGGCCCAUAACCGUGGUUUCUUGGUCUGUUUCGAAGGUGCUAUUAUCGCCGUUGGUACCUUCGUCGCCUAUUGGGUCGACUUCGGUCUUUCCUACGUCGACUCCUCUGUCCAAUGGCGUUUCCCCGUCGCCUUCCAGAUUGUCUUCGCCCUUCUGGUUAUAGCCGGUGCGGUUAUGCUUCCCGAGUCUCCUCGUUGGUUUAUUAUGCGUGGAUAUGACGAGCAGGCUAUCCAGGUCCUGGCCCAGCUGAAUGAUAGUUCUCCCGAUGCCGAGGACGUUCUCGCGGAUUUCAAUCUUAUGAAAGCCGACCUCAAGACCACCGAAGACGCUAAGGCUGACUGGAAGACCCUUUUUACCUUCGGCAAGACCCAGGAAUUCCAGCGAAUGAUGAUCGGUUGCUCCGGCCAGUUCUUCCAGCAGUUCACUGGUUGUAACGCUGCUAUCUACUACUCGACUGUGCUUUUCGAGCAGAACCUCAAUAUGGAUCAUAAGAUGGCCAUGAUUCUUGGUGGUGUUUUCUCCACUGUCUAUGCUCUCGCCACCAUUCCAUCUUUCUUUAUGGUUGAGAAAGUUGGUCGCCGGAAGCUAUUCUUAAUUGGUUUCAUCGGCCAGGGUCUCAGCUUUAUUCUCGCGAUGGCCUGUCUAAUCCCCAACACUGAGUCGGCCUCGAAGGGUGCUAUUGUCGGUAUCUUUGUCUUUAUUUGCUUCUUCGCCUUCACAACGCUACCUUUGCCCUGGAUUUACCCGCCCGAGAUCAACCCUCUGCGCACCCGUACCAUGGCUGCCUCUGCCUCGACUUGUACCAACUGGAUUACCAACUUUGCUGUCGCCAUGUUCACGCCUGUGUUUUCCUCUACUAGCGGAUGGGGUCUAUACCUCUUCUUUGCCUUGAUCAACUUCAUCGCCAUUCCCUUUGCCUGGUUCUUCUACGCCGAGACCGCUGGACGGGAUCUAGAAGAGAUCGAUAUCAUCUUCGCCAAGGCUCACAUAGAGAAGAAGUGGCCAUACCAGGUGGCCAACGAGAUGCCCAAGCUCAGUGUCGACCAGAUUGCUCAGAUGCAGAUCGAUGUUGGUCUGAAUGUGUUGGAACAGCGCAACAAUUCCGUGACCGAGAAGGCCGAGCUCGCCAUGAGCAGCGGUGACAGCGAGACUAAGCACGCCUCGGACUGA